AUGUAUAUGGCUAAGUUGAAAGAUACAGGUCACACACAUGAUGACCUAUUAGUACAAAGUAUUGGAAAAGGGUUUUUAGCGGGUCAACCAGGAGUGGUGUUGACCAAUUCAAUUGUAUCGACCGAUAAAGAAAAAGACUAUAACAAAUUGCUUGCCUGGGCAGAAGUUACCAAUUUAAGUGCUGAAAAGAAGGGGACAGCAGUGGCUCUUUCACUCCCAGAACCAAGAGAAGAACAGAAUAGAGCUGAAGAGGACAGGCCAGAAAUAUUCAAGAUCAGAGGUCAAGUAUUUGAUCAAAUUCCCCUGGAAUCCUUAAAAGUAGAAAAUGGCCUUCAAACCUUGAUUGACUUUUUGGAUGAAAAUUUGGGCAAAGAUGAUUUAGUGGACUGCUUAGAAAAAUAUGAAGAGUUUGACUCAUAUACUAGAAAAGAUAACAGUACAAUAGGUGAAUAUAUAGCAGAGUUCAACAUACGUUACAGAAGAAUAGAGAAGAAAAAGAUAAACCUACCCCCAGAAAUACUUGCUUACCAACUUGUAAAACGAGCAAAAUUAAGUGAAGAUGAAAAGUUGUUAGUAUUGACCGGUAUGAACUAUUCCAGCAGAGAGACACUCUAUGAACAGGCUAAAACUUCUCUCAAAAAAUUUAAAGGUUGGGAGAUGAAUCGCUCAACUUCGACGAAACCUGCUAUAAAGCUUGAACCUGCCUUUCUUGCUGAACACGAGGAGGCUUUAAAUAUGUCUGGUUAUGUUAGAAGAGACAGUAGUUAUAAUAGAGGCGGUUACAGAGGAAAUAAUUCUAGAGGUUGCAGAGGUGGAUAUAUUAGAGGAAAUGUUCAGAGAGGGGCACAGGGAAGAUUUAGUGGUACAAGUAUUCAAAAAGUUACAAAGAAGAUAAACGAUCCAGGACCUGAUGGUAAUCCACUUAGAUGUCCAUCCUGUGGUUCAUAUAGACAUUUGAUGGCAGAUUGUCCAGAUAGUUAUGAAAAUAUGUUCCUUUUUACUGGUUAUCAGAAAAAUGAUGUUUCAAUUCUGGGAAAAGAUGCCCAAAAUUUUGCUGUAUUAGAGAGUGCGUGUUCCGGCACUGUUUGUGGAUCAAAGUGGAUGAAGAAUUAUAUGGAUGCUUAA